GUGCAAGCGCUCCCCCCGAUACCCCAAGCAUUCGAAUAAUUGCCAAAUGACAGCAUCAAAACGAAGAUAAAUAAACAAUUUAUCAUCUGACGGGAUGUGCUCGCCAAGAUAGCAGUUAGAAAACAAUAAUUGGCGGCCAUAUCACUUGACGCCAAACAAUUAUACAUAUAUGUACAUAUAUAUGUAUAUAUAUUACGAAGGCAGAUGCGAGCGCGCACGUUUUUCCAAUGUUCAGUCACUUGCGAGAGGGAGAGGCACGUUGAAGUAAAUCACCGCGUGUUUUUCUUUUCCAAUCGCUGCAAUUGGCUGCAAUAAUGUGUGCUGCGCAGACAAAACAAAUCAAAUUCUACAAUCCAUCGAGUUCCGCCAGCUCCGACAGGUAACGAAACGCUUUUUAAUGCGGCAUUUAUUUACGCACGGCAACGGCAAAGUGUGAAAAUCCGACAAAAAGUCAUUAGAAUGUGAUAGACACACACACACAUUCACACAUAUACACCAAAAAUCGCAAUACCCACACGCACACUUUCGGUGGCAUGUGCUUGGAGAGCUCAUUCAUCAAACACGCAAUAAAAAUAAAUGCGAGGAAAAUGGCAUAGGGUUCACCUGGGCAAACACACAAAUACAGUCAAACUUUCAGAGACAUAAACAUAUGAUAAAAAUUGAAUUUCAAAUAGUAGCCGGUAGCUGCAGUUGAAACGAGACAGAAAAGAUAAAGACAGAGACGGUGGCGGAGGCGAAGCGAGAAAGGUAGAGUGAAAAAGAGAGCAGCCGAAGCCCCCAUGCGAGAACAGUUACAGACGCAAAAAAAAAAACAACAAUCGACAGCGGCAGUGUGUCGGCAUCGCAGUUUUUAAACCAUUUUUUGUCAGUCAGUCGCUCACCUCGCACACCUCCACACUCUCUUGCCUUUCCAUUAGAUAUCGAAUAAAUAUUGCCCGCAACGCAAAAUCCUAUCGCAACAGCAAAAGGAAUAAAAAGCUCUAAAUCACAUGUGAUCCACACCGGCGGCCCAUGUGUGCUAUAGAGUGUAAAGAAGAGUGUGACCCAUUUUGGCAACGCCGGCGCCGACAGACUUGGCUACGUUUCUCACCGCCCACUCGCCCACACACGGACCCCCCAUUCUUUUCAUUUUUCCCCCAUCUCCGAGCAGAGGGAAAAUGAGCAGCAUCACGUUUUUGUGCAGCAAAACGAGCCAAAAUCACAACAAUGGCGAUGUCCAAAAGGGCAAAUCAUCAGCAUUUGCAUCCGCAUCCGCCGGUUUACUAACAAUCGCCAAUAACCAUCAACAACAACAACAGCAGCAGCAGCAACAACAACAACAACCACAGCAUCAUCAUCAGCAACAGCUACAACAACAACAGCAACAACUGCAGUCAAAGGUUAAGGCUAUUGCAGCCAAAACCAAUGGUCACAUCGAUGAUCGCUCGGAUGUCACGGAACAGCUGUAUGUGGAUCCAUAUGCCGAGCUCGGCAGCAGCAACUGCUGCCCUGCCUCGCCCACCACAGUGCCUGCGAAAGCGUCCCUGGAAUCGCCACUGAAACGAUCCGGCCGGCGACAGCGCACCACCUCGAUCGGUAACCAGACAACCACCGCCAAUCCGUCCGAGUGCAUUAUUCGAGCCAAUAAUCGCACCAUCUAUACGGCCGGACGUCCUCCAUGGUAUAACUGUGCAGGGCAACAGGUGGAACCUUUCGUCAUAGGAAUCUGCGGAGGUAGUGCUUCGGGCAAAACCACAGUUGCUGAGAAAAUUAUUGAAAGUCUGGACGUGCCAUGGGUUACCCUGCUGUCCAUGGACUGUUUCUACAAGAUUCUGAAUGAGAAGCAGCACGAACAGGCCCUGAUCAACGAGUAUAACUUCGAUCACCCGGAUGCCUUUGACAUCGAACUGCUGCUGGAUGUGCUCACCAAACUCAAGGAGGGCCGUAAAGUGGAGGUUCCUGUUUACAAUUUUGUGACACACGGCCGGGAAAGUCAAACAAAGACGAUGUACGGAGCGAACGUUAUUAUCUUCGAGGGCAUUCUGACUUUUCACAGUCCCGAAGUGCUCAAGCUUCUGGAUAUGAAAAUCUUUGUGGAUACAGAUCCCGAUAUUCGUCUAGCCAGGCGAUUAAAAAGGGACAUCUCACAGCGCGGUCGUGACCUGAAGGGCGUUUUGAAGCAAUACCUAAACAUGGUUAAGCCCUCAUAUGCCAAUUACAUAGCUCCCACCAUGGCCCAUGCGGACAUUAUUGUGCCCCGGGGCGGGGAGAACAAGGUGGCCAUCCAUCUCAUCGUCCAGCACGUUCAUACACAGCUCCAAUUGCGAGGCUUCAAGCUGCGCGAAACUCUGGCCAACUCCUACAAGGAUCAGCCUAUGCCACAUUCUCUGCACCUGUUGCAUCCUACGCCCCAAAUCAAGGGCCUGCACACAUUUAUCCGCUGCCGGAACACAUCCCGCGAUGAGUUCAUCUUUUACUCGAAACGCCUUAUACGGCUAGUUAUUGAGUAUGCACUGAGUCUGUUCCCGUUUAAAACCACCACAGUGGAGACGCCCCAGGGAGUCCUUUACGAAGGCAAGCGCAUGGAAUCGCGCAAGAUCUGUGGUGUUUCCAUUCUCCGUGCUGGCGAAACCAUGGAGCAGGCCGUCUGCGAUGUGUGCAAGGACAUUCGCAUUGGAAAAAUCCUAAUCCAAACCAACUUGAAAACCGGCGAGCCAGAGCUCUACUACCUGAGGCUGCCCAAAGACAUAAAAGACUAUAAGGUGAUACUGAUGGACGCCACCGUGGCCACUGGUGCUGCGGCCAUGAUGGCCAUCCGGGUGCUACUGGAUCAUGAUGUGCCCGAGGAGAAUAUAAUUCUGGCCUCGCUUCUGAUGGCCGAGAUCGGUGUGCACUCCAUUGCCUACGCCUUCCCAAAGGUGAAAAUUGUUACUUCCGCUCUGGACCCGGAGAUUAAUAGUAAGUUUUAUGUUAUACCCGGCAUUGGUAACUUUGGCGAUCGUUACUUCGGCACGGAGCCCUCCGACGACUACUAAGGAGACUACUCCGAGCCACAUCCACAACCAAUAUGGAGAACCAACAAGUUUCUAAUGUAUACUAGGCUAAGUUCAAAGCGUUACUUAAAUUAUGAAUUCGGAA